AUGCCCAGCGCCACCCUGCCCAGCGCCACCCUGCCCAGCGCCACCCUGCCCAGCGCCACCCUGCCCAGCGCCACCCUGCUCGUUAACAUGCCCAGCGCCACCCUGCCCAGCACCACCCUGCCCAGCGCCACCCUGCUCGUUAACAUGCCCAGCGCCACCCUGCCCAGCACCACCCUGCCCAGCGCCACCCUGCCCAACAUCACCCUGCCCAGCGCCACCCUGCUCGUUAACAUGCCCAGCGCCACCCUGCCCAGCGCCACCCUGCCCAGCGCCACCCUGCUCGUUAACAUGCCCAGCGCCACCCUGCCCAGCGCCACCCUGCCCAGCGCCACCCUGCUCGUUAACAUGCCCAGCGCCACCCUGCCCAGCGCCACCCUGCCCAGCGCCACCCUGCUCGUUAACAUGCCCAGCGCCACCCUGCCCAGCACCACCCUGCCCAGCGCGACCCUGCCCAACACCACCCUGCCCAGCGCCACCCUGCCCAGCGCCACCCGGCUUGUUAACAUGCCCAGCGCCACCCUGCCCAUCAGCAGCACCCUGCCCGACACCUUGCGCACGGAUGAAGGCCCCCCCUCGUUUCGCCGAGAUGCCCCCCGCACGCAGACGCAACUGGAGGGGAACCGAUUGGUGCUCACGUGCCUGGCCGACGGGAGUCUCCCCAUGCAGUACCGCUGGCUCCGGAACGGCUCUGACGUCUUCCAGUACUCGGAGGAGCACAGGUACGUGAUCCCAUCUGUGCGGCCCGAGGACGCGGGCUCCUAUCAGUGCGUGGCCAGGAACAAGUUCGGGGCUCUGCUGCAGCCGCCCACGGAGGUGCAAGUCGUGUACCUGGGCGAGGUGCAGGAUGGGGGCGAGAGGCGCGUGGUGGUGUCGCGUGGCGGGACCCUCAUCCUGGACCCCCCCCGCGUCGCCAGCCACCCCCCCGCGCAGAUCACGUGGUUCCGCGAAGGUCGCAAAGUGUCAACCGGGCCCCGAGUGGCCAUCACUCACGACAGUCGCCUCGUGGUGAUGGCGAUGUCCGGAGGCGAGGCGGGCACCUACCGAGCGCACAUCCUCAACGAGCGCAACGGGGAGGUGCGCGCCGGCCCGGCCACCGUGGUCACCCUGGGCGAUGGGGAGGGAGAGGCCGAAGCUGUCUACGUGCGCGUGGUGAUGCCACCGCGGAACGCGAGCGCUGGGGCGUCCGCCGCGAACGAGCCGACGUUCGAGUGCGUGGCCGACGGCAGGCCCGUGGACAAGGUGAGCGUGACGUGGCGCGUGAACGGCGUCCCCGUCUCCGCGGGGGUCACGGACUUCGGCCGCCGCCUCUCGCUGUCGCCCCCCGCCGCCUCGCCCCCGUCGUGGGCCGGGGCGCGCGGGGGCGACGCGGCGCGGGUGGAGUGCGAGGCGUCGCUCGUCGGGGUCGACGUCCCGCCGGUGUCGCGGAGCGCGUACUUCACCCUCCUGGAGUCCCCCCACUUCAUCGUGGAGCUGGAGCGGAGCAUUGUGGGAACGGUGGACCAGACGAUCGAGAUCCCGUGCCGCGCGACCGGAUGGCCUCGCCCGUCGCUCUCGUGGUACCGGGACGCGGUGCCCGUGCGGCAGCUGCAGGAAGGCCGCCUCCGCGUGCUGCCCGGAGGGCGCCUGCAAGUGUCGCGUCCUCGCGAGCGCGACUCGGCCGUGUACCAGUGCGUGGCGCGCAGCGCGGCCGGCGAGGCGCAGAGCCACGCGCACGUCAGCGUGCUGAGCUUCGCGCCCAACAUCACCCGGGGCCCCGUGGAGGGGGUCCUGGUGGAAGGGGACACGGUGGUGAUCCCCUGUGACGUGCAGGGCGCCCCCAGACCCACGCUCACGUGGCUCAAAGGGGGAGUGAAGCUCUCGCUGCCCGCGUCCCCUCGCCGCCUCGGCGCGGAGGGGGGGCCCCUGGCGGCCGCCCCGCGCCUCUCGCUGCUGGAGUCGGGGGGGCUCCGCGUGGCGCCCGUGCAGAUGCUCGACUCGGGCACGUACGCGUGCCAGGCCAAGAACUACCGCGGGGACGCGACAGCCAGCGCGCGCAUCACCGUGUGGGUGCGCACUCGCAUCUCAGACCCCCCGCGCGACAAGAGCGUGGUUCGUGGGGGGCGCGCCGAGCUGCAGUGCGGGGUGACCCACGACCCCGCGGUGAGCGUGUUCGUCGCGUGGGAGAAGGAUGGAGCCCCCCUGGGGACCGGACCCCCCUCUCCCUCCUCCUCCUCCUCCUCUUCCUCCUCCCUACCCCCGGGGUCGUCAGUGCUCGUCUCGUCGUCGUCGUCUGCGGCGUCGUCGUCGACGGGGGGCUCGCUGUGGGGGGCGGCCGUGCCCCCCACGCGCAGGGAGCUCCUCGUGGUGCCCAGGGCCAUGGCAGCGGACACGGGCACCUACGCGUGCCGAGUGACGUCCGCGGCCGGCAACGACACGCGGAGAGCCAGGCUCGACGUCAGGGAGAUGCCGCACCCCCCCCAGAACGUGAGGGCGCGUGUGAGCGCCACGCACAGGCGGGUUGCCGAGGUGUCGUGGGUGCGAGGCUACGACGGAAACAGCGCCCUCGUCGGCUACACCCUCGAGUUCUCCGUGAACGGCUCCCCGUGGAGGAUCCUGCUGCAGGGGCUGCCCGCGGACUCCCUCAACGUCUCCACGCCGCCGCUCGCGCCCGGCAGCUCCUGCCGCUUCCGCCUCAGCGGCCUCAACGGCGUGGGCACCGGGGAGCCCAGCGCGGAGAGCGAGAGGAUCUCCUUCCCUGAAGAGCCUCCGGACGCCCCCCCGAGAAAAGUGGUCACGUCCGGGCGCACGAACGAGACGAUCGUCCUGCAGUGGCUGCCCCCCCUCGAGAGCCAAUGGAACGGGCCGCUCAAGGGCUACCUCAUCAGGUACAAGCUGGCCGACUCAGGCGCCGACUACCAGUACAAGAACCUCCCCAACGCGGAGCUGGGCAGCUACGUCCUGGAGGAGUUGCGAGUGUGGACCGGCUACGCCAUGGCCGUGGCCGCCUACAACGGCGCAGGCCUAGGGCCUACAGCUCGCCACCGGCCCGCGAUGCCACGCUGGAGGGAGUCCCCACAGCGCCACCAGAGAGGGUCCAGGCUGAGGCCGUCAACUCAAGCGCCAUCAAGAUUACCUGGCGACCUCCAGAUCCACUACGCACCAACGGGAUCCCUCGCGCAUACAGGCCCGCUCCCCGGCUCCCAGCUGUUGGUACGUCGCACCUCCUCCGUCGCCAAUGACGACGACGAUGAUGAGGAUGCGGGCGCGGCUGCCGAUUGGCUGGUGGCGCCGGACUCCUCCGACCCCCUGCACGUUGCCGUGGCGACGGGGCUGCCCGCGUACACGGAGUUCGCGGUGACGGUGCGGUGCGCGACCUCGCCGGGAGAGGGGCCCGAGAACGCCCCGCCGGCACGGGCACGCACCCUGCACGACGUUCCGGGCCGCGUGGAAAACCUCACGAUGAGCGAUGUGGAGGGCUCCACGCUGCGUCUCAGCUGGGACGAACCCCGGCGCAAGAACGGGGUCCUCCUGGGCUACAGCGUGUCGUGGGAACAGGUGAACACGACGCACAGCCGCGUGACGCACCACCUGGCCGCGGGGAUACAGCUGCAUCGAGUGGGGGGCCUGGCCCCCCACUCUGCGUACCGCCUGUGCGUCACGGCGCGCACCGAGGCCGGCUCUGGCUCCCCGUCCUGCGCCACCGUCACCAGCGGAGUCGCGCCCGAGCAGCCCGGGGCCCCCACCAUCGCGGCGGUGAGCACGGUGACUCCACGCUCCGUCGUGCUGCAGUUCCGCUCCGGCUUUGACGGGAAAUCCUCCAUCCUGCGCUGGCUGGCGGAGUCCCAGACCGGCCUGGUAGACGAGAGUGACGAGUGGAGCGAAGUUUUCGAGAUGGACAACGACCCCAGCACGAGGUCGAUCGAGAUCCCAAACCUCAACCCCUACACCUUCUACAGGUUCCGCCUGCGCCAGGCCGGCGUGGGGGGGGUGAGCGCCCCCAGCCUGCCGAGCCGCUGGAUCCAAACGCUGCCGGCGCCUCCCGACGUCCCCCCCCAGAACGUGAGCGUCCGCACGGCGGGCGCCACCAGCCUGUGGGUGCGCUGGGUGCCGCUGGCCGAGUGGCAGUACAACGGCAUGCCCGAGUCGCUCGGCUACCGCAUCCGCGUGGUGCGCGCCAGCGGGCCCUCGGAGCCGCCCGUCGACCGCACGGUGCCCGACCGCUCGGAGCGUGAGGCCACGCUGGCGCCGCUGCGGCCGCACGUGCCCUACGAGGUGCGCCUGCAGGCCUACAACGCCGUGGGCUCGGGGCCCUGGAGCGAGCCCGUGUCGGGGUUCACCAAGGAGGCCGCCCCGUCCGCCGGUCCCUCCGACGUGAGCGCCAACGCCACGGGGCCCACGUCCCUCCUGGUCGACUGGGGGCCCGUCCCGGAGGCCCAGCGCAACGGACUCAUCCUGGGCUUCAAGGUGCUGUACCGGGCGGUGCCGCAUCACAGCGCCAACGCUGACGCAGGAGAUGGCGCAGACGGCCGCUAUGACGGCGGGGGCGACGAUCACGAGGAAGAGGGGGAAGCGGGGGAGGAGGAGGAAGAUGAGGAGGGAGGAAGAAGAGGAGGAGAAGGAGACGCCUCAGAGGACGCGUGGCUCGUGAAGCUGGUGCCAGGCACGUGGGCGCGCCACGCGUCACUCGUGGGGCUGCGCAAGCACGCCGUGUACGAGGUGCGCGUGCGCGCCUACACGCGCGCAGGCGACGGCACGCGCGCAUCCGAGCCCGCAGUGGCGCGCACGCUCGACGACGUGCCGGGACCGCCGGGCCGGGUCCUCUUCCCGGACGUGAACGCGAGCGCGGUGCUCAUGGUGUGGCAGCCCCCCUCCGAGCCCAGCGGCGUCAUCCUCGGUUACAAGGUCUCCUACUGGCCCGAGUCGUCGAACCGGCGCGCGGCCAUCGUGUCGGAGCUGGGCGCCGCGCCGCGCUCGUUCCGCGCCGCCGACCUCCUCCCCGAGUCGGCCUACCGCUUCCGCGUGCUGGCGCGCACGCGGAGGGGCUACGGGGAGGCCGCGGAGCUCUCCGUCAUCGUCACCACGAGCCGAGGUCGCCCCGACGCUCCCAGCCGCCCCGUGCUGACGCCACACGCGGCCGUGACGGCGCGCGCCGUGACGCUGAGCUGGGGCGCAGGCGGGGACCACGCGGCGCCGCUCCGACACUUCACCCUCCAGACGCGUGCCACCGGCACGGGCGGCACGGGCGGACAGCGCGGGGGGACGGCGGCGGCUGCGGCCCCCUCCGGCGGCGGGCCACAGGCGCCGGGCAGGGGCUGGAGGACUCACGUGGCGUGGAUCCCUCCGAACCUCACCGCCUUCACCGUCACGGGGCUCAGGCCGUACACGACGUUCCGUUUCCGCGUCUCAGCCACGAACGACGUCGGCGCGAGCGGCUGGAGCGAGGAGUCGGAGGAGAUCGCCACCCUGCAGGCCGCGCCGGAGAGACCCCCCAGGAUCGUGCUGGUGUCGCCGCACAGCACCACGUCCGUGCUGCUCAAGUGGGAGCCCCCGGAGGCGGCGUCUCUGAACGGGGUGCUGCUGGGGUACCGCGUGCACUACCGCGAGGUGGCGGACGCGGCCACGCCGGCGGCGCCCCCCAGCGCGCAGCCCUCGCAGCCGGGGGGCCACGGGGGGGGCGCCGGGGGGGGCCACGGAGGAGGCGCGGGGGGUGCGCACGCCCAGAGCGCGCUCGCCAUCAACCCGUCGCCCAUGCAGGCGCAGCUGCUGUCGAAGUACGACACGAAGAUCCUGAACAACUCCUCCAUGCGGCGAUACGAACUCUCUCAACUCACGAAGUUUCGCCGCUACGAGGUGAUCGUCAGCGCCUACAACGCCGCAGGGGAAGGACCCCCCACGGCUCCCCUCCAGGUGUACGUGGGGGAAGCAGUGCCCUCGGCGCCCCCCCAGAGCGUAGUGGUACGGCCGACGAGCUCCACUCAGCUGGAGGUGACGUGGGACCCCCCUCCUGCUGGAGCGCACAAUGGAAUCAUCCAGGGGUACAAGGUGUACUACAGCGACGCGGGGCGGCGCGAGGCCGGCGGCGCCGCCGCGCCGGAGAGCGCCCGGACGCUCUUCCUCCCCGAGACGAGCGUGCGCUUGCGCAACCUCACGGGCUACACGGCCUACGCGGUGGCCGUGUGCGCCUACAACUCGGCCGGAGAGGGGCCCCGCGCGGGGCCCGUCACGGCCCGCACGCUCGCCGCUGCCCCCUCCGCGCCCUCGUUCCUCAGGUUCUGGGACGUGACCUCAACGUCGCUGAACGUGACCUGGGGGCCUCCCGCGCAGCCCAACGGGGUCCUGUCCGGUUACCGCCUCGUCUACAAACCCUCGCUGCCCGUGCACGGGGUGAGUAAGAUCGUGAGUGUGGAGGUGAGGGCCGACGCUCCGCGCUGGCUCCGCGUCAAGGACCUGGCCCCCGCGCUGCCCUUCCAAUUCCGUGUGCGCGCGCGGACCUUCGCGUUCGGGCCCGAGCUCGAGGCCAACGUGAGCACGGCGCCGGCACACGGCGCCCCAGGGCCCCCCGGCUCCCCCGUGGUGUACCAGUACGGCCACGAGGUCCACCUGCAGUGGAGUCACGGCGACCCGGGCCUGGCCCCCGUCACCGGCUACCUGGUGGAGGCCCGACCCUCGGACGACGGCCUGUGGGACCUCCUGGCCAAGGACAUCCCUCGCGAGGCGACGUCGCACUCGCUGCGCCCCGGCCUGCUCCGCCGGGGCCUCACGUACACCUUCCGCAUGUCGGCCGUGAACCGCUACGGCUCGGGGACACCGGGGCCCCCCUCGCAGCCCCUCACCACGCACCUGGAGGCGGCGUUCUACGACGAGUGGUGGUUCCUGGUGGUGGUGGCGCUCAGCGGCCUCCUCCUCAUCCUCCUCCUCGUCUUUGUCCUCGUCGUGCGCGGCCAGCGCCAGCGGCACAAGCGCAGGGCGCAUUCCGGAGCGGUGGUGAAGGGCGGCACGUUGGGGAACCAGGAGAUGGUGAGUCUGGACGAGCGCUUCGCUGCCAGCCUGGAGCUCAGCGAGCGGCGCCUGCCCGUCAAGAACACGUUCUGCCACCCCAACGGAGCACCCUCCAGGUCCCCGUCGGACCGCAGCCCCACGUCGCUGGGCGUGGCGGAGGACGAGGCGCCCGCGCAGUACGCGGAGUUUGGCAAGAGCGACUCCCUCCUGUCGAGCCCCAGCCUCAAGCACAAGCUGUCCGACAUCCCCGAGUCGCCGCUGAGCGAGCGAGAGAGCGAGUGCGAGGCGGAGGGACCCGCACCGGCACCCGCGCCGUCCUGCGACUUCGCCGGCGAGCCGGAGCCCGGAGCGCCUGCGGCUCACUCCUUCGUGGACCACUACGCCACCGAGGCGCCCUACUACGGCUCGUGGCGGAGGCAGCGGCCCAAUGCGCGGGCGUGCUGCGGCGAGCGCGGCGAGGCCGAGGGGGCGAACCACGCGGUGAGGCAGUAUCCCUCCGCCGAGGGCCUCGCCGGUCUGGGUCCGGGCUUCACCAUGUCGGGAUUCUCGUCCUUCGUGUGAGGGCGCAGCGACUCUGCUGGACAGCUGUGGCGGAGGUGGGGGGGGGGGCCAAGGGAAAGAGCUUCAUAGCUCAUCGGAUUCCUCCGGUGUGAAUGAAUAUUCUGGACUCGCGCGGAAAGAUGACUGCACAACAAGUGGGGAGAGGUGUUGCUGCGGGGUUUUGUUUGGUGCGACGUCCUUGGAAGAGAGAAGGUGCACUUCAGGCGGGAACCUCAUUGACAAACAAAAAACAUUGUCCUCAUCGCACGGAACACGACGGAGCGACGAUGGAACUGAAGGGAAACAAACGCAACGCUGCAAUAAUGGAAAGGGGGGAAUUCAACCUGACGACGCGGGGGGUGGAGUGGGGGGUCCUCGCUUGAGUCGGCGGCCCUCCGCGCAGCGGUGGCCUCGACAGACGUCGCCAAGUCCCCGGUGCACGGCCACCGCUGUUCUCCAACGCGACCGCUAACACCGCGCGUGAACAGCGGAGCUUCGAGGUGACAAUAGAAAUAAACGUGUUUUGACGCA